GCCAGGGCCCCAGGGCCCCCAGCUCUGCUCACUCCCGCGCGGCGCCGAGUCUGCAGUCUUCUCCCGGUUCAGCGUUCCCGCUCAUAGACGACUCCCCUGGUGCAGACAUGGCCUCGGGCGCCGCCUGUGCGCCGGUGAAGAUUGGAAUAAUUGGUGGAACAGGCUUGGAUGAUCCAGAAAUUUUAGAAGGAAGGACUGAAAAAUAUGUGGAUACUCCAUUUGGCAAGCCGUCCGACGCCUUAAUUCUGGGGAAGAUAAAGAACGUUGAUUGUGUACUUCUCGCAAGACAUGGGAGACAGCAUACCAUCAUGCCCUCGAAAGUCAACUACCAGGCCAACAUCUGGGCUUUGAAGGAAGAGGGUUGUACACAUGUCAUAGUGACCACAGCUUGCGGGUCCUUGAGAGAGGAGAUCCAGCCUGGUGACAUGGUCAUCGUUGAUCAGUUCAUUGACAGGACAUCCCUGAGGCCUCAGACCUUCUAUGAUGGAAGUCACGGCAGCGCCAGAGGAGUGUGCCAUAUCCCAAUGGCUGAACCGUUUUGCCCCAAAACAAGAGAGGUCCUCAUAGAAACAGCUAAGAAGCUUGGUCUUCGAUGCCAUUCAAAGGGGACAAUAGUCACAAUUGAGGGGCCUCGUUUCAGCUCUCGGGCAGAAAGCUUUGUAUUCCGUACUUGGGGUGCAGAUGUUAUCAAUAUGACCACGGUUCCAGAGGUGGUGCUUGCUAAGGAGGCUGGCAUUUGCUAUGCAAGCAUUGCCAUGGCAACCGAUUAUGAUUGCUGGAAGGAGCAUGAAGAAGCGGUGUCAGUGGAUGGGGUUUUAAAGACCAUGAAAGAAAAUGCCAACAAAGCCAAAAGCUUACUGCUUACUACGAUUCCACAGAUAGGAUCUAUGGAGUGGUCAGAAACGCUUCGAAAUCUGAAGAACAUGGUCCAGUGUUCUGUUUUACCACCAAGACAUUGAAAUGACAUGGCCACCACAAGGAGACUUACUACUUCUAGUCUUUGGGAAAUUUUGCUUAAACAAAAAAUGGGAAAGGUACGUGGCCUUCAUUCCUUUUCUGGGAAAGAAGAGCAUGUGGUAAGAAAGAGACAGUGCACUCCACUGAGAUACAGGCUCCUCGGGAACCUGGAAGGAAAACAACAGCCUGCAGAAAUGUAAGGGAACGAAGCCAAAAACCUUGUCAAUCAUUUCUCCUACUACACUGGCAACCAUGAAGACUGGUGAGGAUGUCUGUCCAUUUUCCCACACUGCUGAUGACCUGUGAGCUUCAAAUGGGACUGUGGUUGUAAAUUGGCACCAUCCUUCUGGGAGGCAGUUUGGUACGUUGCAUCUCGGGCUUAAAAAUACUGAAUGCACUUUGGUACGCUGGAAUUUCUCUUUAAGAACUUAUGGGAGAUUCAUUCAAAGAAUCAUGUAAAGAAGGCAAAAUAUCCUAAACAAUAUGGAAAAAUUAAAUGUACCAUGUUCCUGUUAUACUUAAGCCAUGAAGCAAUCAAGUAGAAAUCAUAUUUUCUCAGAAAGAAAUGGUCACUUCAUACUGUGAAAUGAGGGGGAAAAGUAUAAGCAUUUAUGAUACUGGUUUUUUGUUUUAAAUGGUGUGUAAAUGUACAAAAAAAGACUAGAAGGGAAUAUAUAUAAUCCUGCUACUGUAUUUGUGAAGAGAUGCUGGAUAAUUCUUACUUUCUUUUGAUCUUUUUCUCUACUUUUUUUUAAAAGUGAGUAUAAUCAAAUAAUAAAGUUGCAACACUUAAAAUGGACUUAGAGAAAUCAAACUCUUUGAAACUCUUGGUGGGGAAACAAAGAUGUUUAUAAAAGAAGCGCCGUGUGAUGCAGGAUCUACAAUCCAGAUAGCAUGCACACCCCUACAUGCCUGCACUCAAAAAAAGACAAACAAACCAAAGUGUGCUAUGUGAAAAACAGAUCUUUGUUUAAGAUCACCACAGAUGGGCUGGAGAGAUAGCUCGGAGGUUAA